GAAGAACUGUGGACUUUUCAGAUGAAACAAACCCGACACCAAUAACAACAACAAGCCAAAGUGCGCGACGGGCAUUGGGGCGACGGUGCGCGAGUCGUAUAGCUCGCGUAGCUCAGCAGACGGGCCAGGAUCAACAACAUAAGUAGAAGCUUUCACUUGAUGCCUUUCUCAAGAUGGCUGCAUCAGAUGAUGCAGUUAAACAUGGAGGAAGAUGGACAUUGAUUGAUGAAGAGGGAAAUGUCCAGGGUUCUGACAGUGACAUUGGGUCUGUAUCUUCAUCAGACUGUGUUGCUGUGGAAGAGGAUGCAGUCUCCUACCAUGCUAAGAGGACUAACAGCCAGAGCAGCACAGGCAGCCUACCAUGGAACCAGAGAGAGCAUUCCAUAGACCAGGCACAGAAUGUCCCAUCUUCAUCAUGGUUAGGUGGAAUAGGUGGUUUUUGGAGUCAGGGCAGGUCUCCAGCUGACUCAAACUCUCGACUCAAUGAAUCUGGAGAGAAUGAAUGCUUCUCACCUAUAUUCCAGCAGGAGAAGGAUACCCUAGACACAGAAUCACUCGAAAGUAUAGAGGUAUUAUCCAUGACAUGUGAUAAUCACAGUGACAAAGACAUCCAUCCCCACAAUCACCACAAGGAGACUCCUGAUGCCUUUGACCCACAGGGAGUAGUAGGUCUAGGAACGGGCUGGAAUCGUCAUAGCGACGUCGCCAAGCCAAUGUGCUCAAACAAUGUGGUCUCCCCUGUGGAAGGUUUAUCACCAUCAUCUCGUGUUGAAGAUUUAACCAGUUCUUCAAACUCCUCUCAGUUAGAUUUCCUGAUAGUGGAUCACCAUGGACCAAAGAAUGUUGAAGAUGUAAAGGCAGCUGCCAAUGAGUUGCCCAGAGGCGCUGUUGGUGGUAUUGUUAAUGAUGAGGAUCACCAGAUGGAGCAUUCUAUUGGGAUUCCAGGACCUCUCCCUAUGAUGCCUCCUGGACAGCUUCCAUUGUCUUCUGUCUCUGUGGAUAACAUCCCUAAAGGAAUGGAGGCUGGGUGUUCACCUAGGAGAGCUCAGUCAGAGGGCUGCAUAACACAUCAGUCUGAGGGUUCAUCAGGUGUUGGUGUCCCCAUAAUGACCCAGCGAUGGCCUACAGAGGAUGGUGGCUUCUUACUAGUUCAGCAGUUCCGUGGUGAUGGAGAGCCCGCCAUGUCAAGGUCAUCUAGCUUCUCUGACCUCUCCUCUAGCUUAUCAUACCCUGGUGGACGAAGAAUCCCCACCAACAGCAUCUCAAGCCUACAUCAUCAUAGCAGUGAGUCAUCCUCCAGUGAAGCCUCCCAUUACAACAGUGAUACUUCUAAUGAUGCCCUCCCAGCUAACAUGACAGUCAGUGGGAUCAAGCCUGGUAUCAGACAGUAUCUUCAUCAGCGGGAUGAGACUCUGAACAGCAAACUUACAAUGGGAGCUAUGAUCGUUAUAGCUACAGCCUUUGCUCUCGUCCUGGGACACUACAUAGGAUCUAUGCAGGCUACAUCACACCACCUUGGUAUUGAAGCGGGUCAGGUGUGGAGACUACGUUCUCUCCAGGACCAGCUGGUUACCUGCCUUGAUAAGACCAAGACUUUGCUGAGAGCAACCAAGGGAUCCACUGGAAUCUCUCCAGCCAAAGCCACCAGUCCUCUGGACUCCCAACCAUCUGCAAGGUUAUCAGCCCCACCAGAUGAUGGGAUCCAACAGUCUGAUCCAGAAAGUCAUGUCUCAUGCUUAGUUUGUACCAGUGGGAACCAACCACAAGAUCGCUACUCAAAGUUCUGCAACACUCAUUGUAAAUACAAAGAUGGAAGAGAUUUUAAAGAGCCUUUAUCUAAUAGUAAUGAUGUGUCAGAUAAUGUGUUAGAGUUAAGUCCUAUCGAUGGUAAUUCUCUUGAUAUUGCUAAUAUAGGUAGUGAUAUGACAGGUGAAUCUAUGUCUGAUGUCCAUACUGAUACACAAGGUGAACCAGAGGCACAAGGAACUGAUACAGAGACCAAGUCUUUGACUGAUGAUGAAGGUAUUACAGAGGCAGCUGUGUAUAUAAUGCCUCUUUCAGACAUGGAACCAGUCUAUCAUGAUGGUGUUUUGAUCUUAAGGGAGGAAUUAUUGUUGGAUAGAAAACAUGCUUUAGAAGCUAAAUAUGAAGAAGGGGCAAAAAACUUUCAAGAGAUGCUAGGAGAGACGGAAAUAAGUCAUGAAGGUGGAUCUGCUUAUGAAGUGGAUUCUGCAAGCAUUGAAAAAUAUAUUGUACAGUCUGUAGCUGAUUUGGAGACUGAAGAUACAAAAAUGGAGGGAUCCCAAAACCAAGGAGAAGAGAAAUCACAAGACCAAGGAGAUGAGAAGUCACAAGACCAAGGAGAUGAGAAAUCACAAGACCAAGGAGAUGAGGAUUCACAAGACCAAGGAGAUGAGAAAUCACAAGACCAAGGAGAUGAGAAAUCACAAGACCAAGGAGAUGAGGAAUCACAACACCAAGGAGACGAGAAAUCACAAGGCCAAGGAGAUGAGGAAUCACAAGACCAAGAAGAUGAGGAAUCACAAGACCAAGGAGAUGAGAAAUCACAAGACCAAGGAGAAGAGAAAUCACAAGACCAAGAAGAAGAGGAAUCACAAGACCAAGGAGAUGAGGAAUUCUUUGAUAAAAGAGAAGCCAAGUUCUCUGAUUCAUCAAGCAAUUUAACCGAGGACGAUGAUGUUGGCUCACAUGAAGAGACAUCAGAAUCACCAGAUGAUAGAGACUUUAUGGGAAAGCUUACUUCCAAGUUCAGUGACUCAUGGUUUAUCCUCAGAAACUUCACCACUGAUUUCAUCGGCUCUGCCACAAACCUCUCAGUGAACAACGUCACGACCCAACUCAAGGAAAAUGUAGAAACCUUGAGGCACCAGAUCAAGGAUGCUGUCUCCAACCUUCAAAAAUCAAACAUCACCUCUCACUUGACGGAUAACGUUAACAGCAUUGGAGAGCAUUUGAAGGACGCAGUGUCUAAUAUCAAGGAGGGUAAUUUCAGCCGUAAAUUAAAGGAUACCAUGCAGGAUCUUGGUGGGAAGGUUAAGCAAGCUGUCUCUGGAAUCAAGGAAUCAAAUAUCACAUCCCAGAUCAAGCAAGGUUUGCAGGGCUUAGGUGAAAAUAUUCAAGGAGCUGUUUCAAGCAUCAAAGAGAGUGGUAGUAACCUGAAGAAACCAUUCAAGAAGACGAUGAAAGCAGUGAAAAACCUCAUGGAGGGUAAAUCUAUCAACAGUGACAAAGAAACAGAGAAAGAGGGAUCAGUGCAGGAAGAUCUUGUUGAACCCCAAAAGAAGCCUUCUGGUAACAAAAAAAAAGGAAAAUCAAGUAGACAGUCAUCGGAACAACUUGUAAAACAGAAAUCAGAGAAGAAGGAGGCAGCAAAAAAUAAAGGGAAAGUAGAAUGGAAAAAGAACAAGGCUUCUCAACAUGACAAAAAGCACAAGGAUGAAAGAAAGACAAAUAAAAAACUAAAUAAUAAAGAUAAAGACCAAACCAAGCACCGACAAACAAAAGUUGAGAAAGGUAAAUCAAACGAUCACAAAAACGGCUUAAAACUGCAAAGGCAUGACAAGUCAAAAAAUCCUGUAAAGAAACAUGUGUCUAAUCAGGUUAACCAACAUACUGGAACAGAUAAGCAAAAGAAGAGAAAUAAUAAAACAGUGUUGAAUAAAAAUGAUAAUGGCAGGAAACACAAAUCAAAGGAGACUUCUGGGAAUGACCAAGACCCCAAGCACAGACAGGAAUAUUCAAAAAAUAAAAGUGUUCCUUCAAGGAAGAGACAAAGUGACAUUGAAUUUGAAAAUAUGAGGAAAUUGGAAAAAACAGCUGAUUUGGAGCUCCAGUCAGAUAAACUAAAUGAUGGAGAAAAUCUUCUCAUUAAUGAAGAAAGAAGAUAUCACAAGGAUAAAGGGUCACAGAAAGAAAAGCCAUUUAAUGAGAAGGAACAGGAAAAGAAAAAACAUGAAUCUAAAGAGAGCAUGUAUCAUCAAGACCAUCAGUGGAAACAAAACAAUUUCCAAGAAAGACAUGAUCGCCAUGGUCACAAACAUGAAGAUAAGAAACCCGGAAAACAUCAUCAAGACAAGGAAGAUGAUGCCAGGCACAGAUUUGAGGACAUAGAGUGGGAAGAUAUUUCCGAGAGCUUUGAUGUCCGUUGCUUUGGUGUCCAUGACUGCCUGAGGAAGCACCGAGAAGCUGCCGUGAAGUUGUAUGAAGAGCUUCUGGACUACAAGGACUGGCUGACCAAGCGCUGUUAUAAGAAACAUCUUAAUGAACUCAAAGACUUCAUGGAAGAGCUGGAAGAAUUUCUGGCAGAACCGUUUUUGAUGGAUGCAGAUCUAGAAGAGCUCAUGGAAGACUUUGAGGACAUGGCAGAAGAUAUUGAGGAAGCAACAACCAAGAACUUCUGGAAGUUCAUGAAGUCAUGGACACCUCGACAUAAAGGAGGUGAGGAGUCAAACUCUAGGGUCCAUUCCAGACAAGGAUCAAACACAAAGAAACUGUUAGAAGAAGAAGAUCAACAGAAAACAUUGACUGUAACACUUGACAUGAAGCACACAUUCAACUUUUCAGAAACUUACGAUGAUGAUGCUUCUGAAUCAAAAGACCACAGGAGACAUGUAGGGUAUGGUUACCAAAGCAAUGAUGACUGGUUCAUUCGCCGAAUGCAGGACAGAGAGAACAGAAGAAACAUGAAGAAUCAGCAUGGAACUCCAGAGGAUCAGCAUACUGAACCAAACAGCAACUGGUAUGAUCACUGGAUGCAGGGAAGGCAAGAGGGCCGCACAGGAAUGACCAUUUGGGACCUUUAUCAGUGGUUUUCAAAGAGACAAGCUUUGAGACAUGAAUGGCGACUCCAUGAAAUGGAUGACAAGACCAACUGGUUUUUAAAAAGGCCCUAAAAAUCAGUAUAGAUAUAGUGGUUAUUCUUACUUUUUUCUCAAUGCAUCUUAAAAAUUGGUUCUCUUAAUAUACUAGAUUAAAAUCAACUAAAAUGCCAACUACACUGUAUUUUAAUAUAUAUUCCUUUUGUAAACUCGAUUGAAAAUCUAGAUUUUAUUUAUGACAUAAAUGAAUCUUACAUUUUUUUAAAAUCAGUUUGUUGAAAAAUUGUCUAAAUAGUAAUCAUGAUUUUUCAUGUUGCCUUAAUGUUCAAUAAGCAUGUUGUUUGUCCAAUAAUUUAUUUUUCUGUAUAAAGCUCAUGAUUCUAAAUCACAGUCCAUAAAUCAGAAAACCGAGUGGACUUGUAUAUUAUCUGAAAUAAAAUUGUUUUUGCUUCUGAAUUUUUUAACAUGCUUGUGCACUGCUCACCAUUUUAGGCUAUUUCUGAUAUCAUAGGAAUUGCAUUCUUAUUCACUGUUUUGGUGCGAAUACAUUGUGAUACAUGUGUACAUUGUCUUUUGUCCAAGAAAAUGGUAUUUGAAGAUUAAAAAACAUUGGAUUAAAUUUUAUCUGCUAUAUUCUAAAUGAUUGCAUGCUAUACAUUUUGGUGGUGGAGUAUGUAACUGCUGUGUAAAGAUCCCGACGAUUGUCUACAAGUGCAUCCAAAACAAAGCUCCAGUGUAUCUUAAUUCUCUCAUCGUACCCUACCAAUCUGCUCGUCCUGGCCUUCGGUCGUGUACUGACAGCACCCUGCUACACGUUCCUCGAACAUUCACCAAAGCUGGUGACAAUGCUUUUCAUGCGUGUGCUCCUCGACUCUGGAAUGAGCUUCCACGUUUUAUUUGAUUAGCACCUUUGCUGGAUAUCUUCCGAAAAUGUCUCAAAACUCUCCUCUUUGACCAUGAUCAACAAUAGAUUCUUUGAUAACUUUUAUGUAAAGCGCUGUGAAACAAGUUAGUUUGUAUGAGUGCUAUAGAAAUGACUUUAUUGUAUUGUUGUAUUGUAUCGUAGAUAAUUAUCGAAAUGUGUUGAUAACAAGUUAUCAACAUGAUGUAAUGAUAACUUCUAAUAGUUAAAUGCCCAGAAAAGCAAAAGAGAUGAUAUUUGAUUUUAGAAAGGCAAGGGCAUCUUGUAUUGAACCAAGUCAGAUGAAUGGUGUAGAUAUCGUCAUUGUUGAAAAAUAUACCUACCUAGGUAUAAUCAUAGAUGACAAAUUAACGUCGACAGAACAAUGUAAAGUUACAACUAGGAAAAGCACAGCAAAAAAUGUAUUUCCUAUGAAAAAUAAAGUCCUUCCAUGUGGAUUGGACGAUUUUGAGUUUGCUUUAUGUUUCGAUAGUGCAGAGUGUUAUCUUCUUCGAUUCUAUUGUAUGGUUUGCGGGUUGUAGAAAAGGGAAUCUUGCAUAACUGGAAAAAAUAGCCAAACAUGCAGAAAGAAUCACUGGCAUAACAUGACAAAGCAGGAAUUUUUAUUUAUUUAUUUUUUUUGGGGGGGGGGGGAUAUUGUAAAAUCGUAAUCAUUUGUCCAUAUAAUUUUUAUUGAUAAAUGUGCAUAAAGAUAUGUAACUUAAAAA